UAAUUGACAUUUUGGGUCCUUAAGUGAUGGAAAAAAGGAUUUUAGUGGAGUUUGAGUGCGAGUUUGAGGGAAUGAAAAGGGGCUUUGGGGGGAUUUAGUGGAGCGGUGGGAUUUUAGAGGAUAAUAGAAAGAGAAGAUGUAAUAGAUAAAAAUAUUAGGUUUUGAGAUUUUUAAUUUGAAAUUUUCGAGUUGUACUUUUUGGAUAUAGAGUAUAUCUUUUGAAUUCUGUCACUUCGAGGUAUGCCUUUAUUUGCUUAACUGUGGAAUUAUUACAACAUAAAAUUCUAUCUUCAGAGCUUUUUCUCCUAUUAACUUCUUAAUUAUCAAUAGUUUUAAAAUUAUUUUCAUAGAAACAACCUUGGAAAUUUCAAACUUCACUUCUACAAUAAAUCCAUUUCUUAAAUCACCAUUUCCCAACAUCCUCCCUAACCCUAUAAGAAAUGGCACUUCUUCAAAAUGCCACCGGUCUCCAAAAUGCCACUUAUCCAAAAUAUGCCAUUUUCUUUCCCUCAUUUCUUCACUCUUUCACCUUGCCAUUUCUUAACUUGCCAUUCACACAAUUGCCAUUUCUCCCAAAAUUGCCACAACCAACCUUGCCAUUCCCUAAAAAUGCCAUUUUGAAAGCUCUAGAUCUUCCAAGUGCCAUAACCCAUGGCUCAUAUAUAUCUCUUA